GUCGAAGGUUAAUGUCUUGGGAAAUUCAUUGGUAAACCUGUUCUUCAUAUUCUUGUUUAUCACAAAUGAAUCGCAAACAAACCGUUAUGGUUCUCCGAGAGUUAACGUUAUUUCUCUCCUUAUUCCUAACAUGCGAUACUUUACAAUACGAAGGUGAAAAAUGUGUUGUUCCGACUUCAAAUGAGAGUGGGGUCUGCAUCAAUGUCCACAAUUGCGAAUAUGCAAGACAACUUUUAAAACAAGGUCGAAAUCCUCAGUUUUGUGGGUUUAAAGGAAACGAUGCUUUAGUUUGUUGUCCUGUUAAUCAGCGAGUGAUAACGAAACCUCCUGGUGAAAAAAGUCGGGAAAAAUGUUCAAGACAAUAUGACAAGAAGUGGGUCUAUUAUGCGAUAGAUUUAGGCAAAAAAGCAUUGUCGAAAGAAUUUCCACAUAUGGCAGCAAUUGGUUACGGUGACAAUAAAGAAACCAUCGUAUGGUUAUGUGGGGGAACUUUAAUCAGCGAACAAUUUAUUCUAACAGCCGCUCAUUGUCUCUUCUCGCGAGAAUUUGGACCAGCCACUUGGGUGCGAAUAGGAGACUUGGACCUCAAAAACGACACUGACGAUGCUCAACCUGACGAUCUCCGAAUCAUAAAAACUUUUGCACAUCCCAAAUACAGGUCCAGUUCUCACUACCACGACAUUGCUUUAAUCCAGUUAGAAAAAAACGUCACUUUUGGGAGUUAUUACAAACCUGCGUGUUUACAUACUGAUAUCUCUGUUCCUGUCACCCUUGAGGCGAUUGGUUGGGGCAAAGUCGGGAUUUUUGGUGACCCAAGUAGUCAUUUGAUGAAAGUGGGUUUGCAAGUGGUGGAUUAUCAAACGUGUGCAAAAAAAUAUUCAAAUGUGCCGAAGACUAAACUGAGAGAUGGUAUUGUGGAUGGGUUGCAGUUAUGUGCAGGGGAUGUUGUAGGGGGGGAUACUUGUCCGGGUGAUUCAGGUGGACCACUCCAUUAUAAAUUGAAUGACACGGAACAAAUGGUCAAACAUUUUGUUGUGGCUGGUAUUACCUCGUUUGGUAAAGGAUGUGGGGGAGAAAACAGCAUUGGGGUCUAUACCCGAGUGUCGGGGUACAUUGACUGGAUCGAAAGUGUUGUCUGUAUGAUUCUCUCAGUACUAACGUUAAUUUUCUCUUUAUUUCUAACAUGCACAACUUUACAAUUUGAGGGUGACAAAUGCAUUGUUCCAACCACAAAUGAGAGUGGGGUCUGCAUUAAUGUACACAAUUGCGAAUAUGCAAAAAAACUUUUGAAACAAAGGAUAGCUCCCAAAUUUUGUGGUUUUAAAGGAAACACUUUUUUAGUUUGUUGUCCUGUUAAUCAACGAGUAAUGGCCAGGAAUUUUGGAAGAAAAACUCGGCAGUAUUGUUUAAGCAAGUACGAACAUAAACGACAAGAAUUGCCUUCGAACGAGGCACCUAAGCGGCGUUUGAUAGAAUUAGGAGAAAAAGCAGAAUCGAAGGAAUUCCCUCACAUGGCAGCGAUCGGUUAUGGUGACAAUAUUAAAACCAUCGUAUGGUUAUGUGGUGGAACUUUGAUAAGCCAACAAUUUAUUCUAACAGCAGCUCAUUGUCUCUUCUCGAAAGACUUCGGACCAGCCACUUGGGUGCGUUUAGGCGACUUGGARCUCAAAAAUGACACUGACGAUGCUCAUCCUCUCGAUCUUCAAAUUAUAAYCACUUUUGCCCAUCCGAAAUACAGGUCCAGUUCUGACUACCACGACAUUGCUUUAAUCGAAGUAGAAUCAAGGGUUUUUUUCGAAGGUUACUCCGAUCCUGCGUGUUUGCAAACUGAAAUUUCUAUUCCUGCAACACUUGAGGCUAUUGGAUGGGGCAAAGUCGAGUAUUUUGGUGAGCAAAGCAGCCACCUUUUGAAAGUCGGUUUGAAAGAAGUGGGUUAUCAAAAGUGUGCAAAACGAUAUUCAACUGUGUCAAAAAGAAAACUGAAAGAUGGUAUUGUGGAUGAGCUGCAGUUAUGUGCAGGAGAUGCUAGGGGAGGAGAUACUUGUCCGGGUGAUUCGGGAGGACCACUCCAUUAUUUAGUCAGUGAAACAGAACAAAUCAAAAAACACUUUGUUGUAGUUGGUAUUACCUCGUUUGGUAAAGGAUGUGGGGGAGAAAACAGCAUUGGGGUCUAUACCCGAGUGUCGGCGUACAUUGACUGGAUCGAAAGUGUUGUCUGGCCAUAGCAUUUUUUUUUUAAUUUUUUAAACUUAAAAUAAAACUUUUCUUCUUUAUGA